GCGGGAUGAGCUUCCUGCCCCCUCUGAGGACAGCCCCGGUGGUGCGAGCCCGGAACCCCGCGCACAACGGGCGCGUCUGCAGCACCUGGGGCGACUUCCACUACAAGACCUUCGACGGCGACGUCUUCCGCUUCCCCGGCCUGUGCAACUACGUCCUGUCCACGCACUGCGGCGCCGCGUACGAGGACUUCAAUGUGCAGCUGCGCCGCGGCCGGGAGUCCAACACCACCACGGUCACCGCAGUCACCAUGAAGCUCGAUGGCAUGGUCAUCCAGCUGACCAAGAGCUCCAUCCUGGUUAACGGCCGCCCAACUCAGCCGCCCUUCAGCCAGUCGGGGGUCCUCAUCGAGGUCAGCAACGGCUACCUGAAGGUGGACGCCAAGCUGGGCCUCGUCUUCAUGUGGAGCCCAGAUGACAGCCUCCUGCUGGAGCUGGACCCCAAGUUUGCCAACCAGACCUGCGGGCUCUGCGGAGACUUCAAUGGUCAUCCCGUGUUCAACGAGUUCCUCUCUCAUGGUGUCAAGCUGACGGCCCUUGAGUACGGGAAUCUGCAGAAGAUGGACGGCCCCAUGGAGCAGUGUCAGGACCCUGUCCCUGUGCCCCCGACGGACUGCGGGCGUGGCACUGGCCCCUGCGAGGAAAUCCUGACUAGCCGGCUGUUCUCGGGCUGCCGAGCUCUGCUGGACGCCAGCAGCUAUGUGCAGGCCUGCCGGCAAGACCUCUGCCUCUGCGAGCACGCGGACCGCACUCGCUGCGUCUGUCCCACACUCGCCGAGUACGCACGCCAGUGCGCCCACGCCGGGGGGCUGCCCCCGGACUGGAGGAGCCCCCACCUCUGCCCCCAGACCUGCCCCUCCAGCAUGCAGCACCGGGAGUGCGGCUCGCCCUGCGCCGACACCUGCUCCAACCCGGAGCACUCCCAGCUCUGCGAGGACCACUGUGUGGACGGCUGCUUCUGCCCCGAGGGGACGGUGCUCGACGACAUCGGCCAGACCGGCUGCAUUCCGGCAUCCCAGUGUCCUUGUGUAUACAAUGGGGCCACCUAUGCUCCGGGGACCAGCUACGCCACAGACUGCACAAACUGCACCUGUUCCAGAGGCCAGUGGAGUUGCCGGGAGCUGCCAUGCCCAGGCACCUGUGCGGUGCUGGGGGGCGCCCAUGUCUCCACGUUCGACGAGAGGCAGUACACGGUGCACGGGGACUGCAGCUACGUGCUGGCCAAGCUCUGUGAUAGCAGCAUCUUCACUGUGCUGGGAGAGCUGCGGCGGUGUGGCCUGACGGACAGUGAGACAUGCCUGAAGAGCCUGACGCUGAACCUGGACGGGGGGAGCACGGUCAUCAUGGUCAAGGCCAGCGGGGAGGUGUUUGUGAACCAGAUCUACACCCAGAUGCCCGUCUCGGCAGCGAAUGUCACGCUCUUCAGACCGUCCACCUUCUUCAUCGUCGCGCAAACCAAGCUGGGCCUGCAGCUCGGGAUCCAGCUGGAGCCCGUCAUGCAGGUGUUUGUGAGGCUGGGGGCCGAGCUCCGCGGCCUCACCUGCGGCCUGUGCGGGAACUUCAACCAGAACCAGGCCGACGACUUCCGGACCCUCAGCGGCGUGGUGGAGGGCACGGCCGCCGCCUUUGCCAACACCUGGAAGACCCAGGCCGCCUGCCCCAACGUCAAGAGCAGCUUCGAGGACCCCUGCUCCCUCAGCGUGGAGAACGAGAAGUACGCUCAGCACUGGUGCUCCCGGCUGACCGACCCCCACGGCCCCUUUGCCCAGUGCCACGCGGCCGUGAACCCAGGCACCUUCUACUCGAACUGCAUGUUCGACACGUGUAACUGCGAGAAGAGCGAAGACUGCCUGUGCGCCGCCCUGUCCUCCUACGUGUACGCCUGCGCGGCCAAGGGGGUGCUGCUCCGCGGCUGGAGGGACGGCGUGUGCACAAAGCCCAUGACCACCUGCCCAAAGUCGCUGACCUACCAAUACGGCAUCAGGACCUGCCAGCCCACCUGCCGGGCCCGGAGCCACGAGGACAUCACCUGUGGUAUCAGCUUUGUCCCCGUGGAUGGCUGCACCUGCCCCAACGGCACAUUCCUGGACGAUGCGGGCAAGUGCGUGCCUGCCACCAGCUGUCCCUGCUACCACGAGGGCUCUGUGGUCCCCAACGGAGAGUCGCUUCAGGAGCGUGGAGUCAUCUGCACCUGCACACAAGGCACGCUGACCUGCAUUGGAGGCCAGGUUCCCACCCCAGUCUGCGCCCCGCCCAUGGUCUUCGUCGACUGUCACAAAGCCACGCCGGGGGCCUCCGGGGCCGGCUGUCAGAAGAGCUGCUUCACUCUGGACAUGGACUGUUAUAGCUCCCAGUGUGAGCCUGGCUGUGUGUGUCCCGACGGGCUGGUGGCCGAUGGCGAGGGCCGCUGCGUCGCUCCGAAGGACUGCCCCUGCGUGCACAACGAGGCCAGCUACCUGCCCGGCCAGACCAUCCGGGUGGGCUGCAACACCUGCACCUGUGAGAACAGGAAGUGGCGGUGCACAGAGGAGCCCUGCCUGGCCACCUGUGCCGUGUACGGGGACGGCCACUAUGUCACCCUCGAUGGGAGGCGCUACAGCUUCAGCGGGGACUGCGGGUACACGUUGCUUCAGGACCACUGCCGCGGCAAUGACACCACUGGGACCUUCCGUGUCAUCUCCGAGAACGUUCCCUGUGGGACCACUGGCGUCACCUGCUCCAAGGCCAUCAAGCUGUUCCUGGGGAGCUACGAGCUGAGGCUGAGUGAGGGCCGCGUGGAGGUGCUCGAGAGGGGUGUGGGGCAGGAGCCCCCCUACUCCAUCCGCCAGAUGGGUAUCUACCUGGUGGUGGACACCGAGGCUGGCCUGGUGCUGCUGUGGGACAGGAAGACCAGCAUCUUCCUCAAACUCAGCCCUGAGUUCAAGGGCCGGGUCUGCGGGCUGUGCGGCAACUUCGACGACAACGCCGUCAACGACUUCACCACGCGGAGCCAGUCCGUGGUGGGCAGCGCCCUGGAGUUUGGCAACAGCUGGAAGUUCUCCCCGUCCUGCCCCGAUGCCCCGGUCCCCAGGGACCCCUGCACUGCCAACCCGUACCGCAAGUCCUGGGCCCAGAAGCAGUGCAGCAUCAUCAACAGCGCGACCUUCGCCGCCUGCCAUGCCCACGUGGAGCCCACCAAGUACUACGAGGCCUGUGUGGGGGACGCGUGCGCCUGUGACUCGGGGGGUGACUGUGAGUGUUUCUGCACGGCCGUGGCCGCCUACGCGCAGGCCUGCCGCAACGUGGGCAUGUGCGUGUCCUGGCGCACCCCGGACACCUGCCCCCUGUUCUGCGACUACUACAACCCCGAGGGCCAGUGCGAGUGGCACUACCAGCCGUGCGGGGCGCCCUGCAUGAGGACGUGCCGGAACCCGGGUGGCCGCUGUCUGCACGACCUGCCGGGCCUGGAAGGCUGCUACCCCAAGUGCCCGCCUGUGGCCCCCAUUUUCGACGAGGACCGGAUGCAGUGUGUGGCCACGUGCCCGACCCCACCCCCGCCACUGCCCUGCCGCGUCCGGGGCAAGUCAUACCGGCCUGGCACGGUGGUGCCCUCCGACCAGAACUGCCACUCCUGCAUUUGCACCGAGAAUGGCGUGCAGUGUGCCUACGACUCUGAGGCCUGCGUCUGCGUCUACGACGGACGGCACUUCCGACCGGGGGACGUCAUCUACCACACGACAGACGGCACAGGGGGGUGCAUCUCCGCCCACUGCUCUGCCAACGGCGCCAUCGAGCGGGGGGUCUCCCCCUGCAGCGUCACCAGCCCCGCCCCACCAACCACCUUCUCCUUCUCCACGUCUGCACCCGUCGUGAGCUCAACACAUCCGCCCCACACGUGCCACGACUGUGGCAAGAGCACAGUGCCCACAGGCACGACCCCCGGCACCACCGUCCAACCCCACCAGGCCUGUGGGGAGGAGUGCCAGUGGUCGCCGUGGCUGGACAUCAGCCAUCCGGGGCGGGGCAUCGACAGCGGCGACUUCGACACCCUGGAGAACCUCCGUGCCCAUGGGUACCAGGUUUGUGCGGUGCCGAAGAAGGUGGAGUGCCAAGCUGAGGGGGCCCCCGGGGUGCCACUCCCAGUCCUGGGGCAGCACGUGGAGUGCAGCCCGAUGGUGGGCCUGACCUGCUACAACCACAAGCAGACGUCAGGGCUCUGCCACAACUACCAGAUCAGGAUCCUGUGCUGCUUCCCCCGGAUCUGCUCUCCCUCCAGCAGUCCGGCCCAGACCACCCAUCCUGUAGCUUCAGGGAAUACAGAAACAGGGCCAACACGAGAGGUUAGCGGGGUCUCAUCUGUGCCGACAGAGCACAAAAUAUCCCCAGCCAUGGUCGCCGCAUCUGGCACAAGCGUUUUCUCCGCGACUCGUGGAGCACCUGGUCCGGGUGCUACUGCACCAGUCCAAGCGACCACCACGACCCCACCAGGCACCCCCACACCCGCCCCGGGUACCACCACGACCCCACCAGGCACCCCCACACCCAAAACUACUCUCUUCACUCUGACUCCGAUGCCAAUUUCAACAACACACGAGCCUUGUUUAAAACGGUUGUGCACAUGGACCCCCUGGAUCGACGGCAGCUACCCUGGGCUGGGUAUAAACAGUGGAGAUUUUGACACUUUUCCUAAUUUGAGAGCCAAAGGCUAUAAAUUCUGUGCAAAGCCCAACAACGUGGAGUGCAGGGCAGAGUUCUUCCCGAACAUCCCACUAAAGGAGUUGGGGCAGGACGUGAUCUGUGACAAGAACGUGGGACUGCUUUGUCUGAACAAGAACCAGCUGCCCCCCAUCUGCUAUAACUACGCCAUCCGCGUCGAGUGCUGUGAGCAGGUAGAUGUGUGCACGAGCACCCCACACGCCGGCUCAUCGGAGAUCACACACCCAGCCCCGAGGGACACUGAGACCCAAACACAGCUGACUCAAAACACCGAAAUUCCCUCGUGGCCGACACAACCUGGCACAGCCAGCUCGGUGCCUGUGCACCCGACAGCCAGCACCACACCUGACACACACGGGGUAUCCUCACCUGUGACUGUCACCUGCCAGCCACAGUGCACGUGGACCAAGUGGUUUGACGUGGACUUCCCGUCCCCGGGACCCCACGGAGGAGACGUGGAAAGCUUCAGCAACAUCAUGAGAAGGGGACAGAAAAUCUGCCGCCGGCCCGAAUACAUCUCGCAGCUGCAGUGCCGGGCCGAGAGCCACCCCGAGGUCAGCAUCGAGAAGCUGGGCCAGGUGGUGCAGUGCGACCCCCGCAAGGGCCUGGUGUGCCGGAACCGGGACCAGGGAGGCAGUGUCGGGAUGUGCCUCAACUAUGAGGUCCGGGUGUUGUGCUGUGAGCCCCCAGAGCACUGCACGACGCACAAAACUGUCACAGUCCCUCACACCCCAAGUAUGAGCCCCACAAGCCUAACUGAGACCACCGUCCACCUGGUGACGGCCCACUCAACCUCUGUGCCAACAAGCAGCCCAACCUCGGUGCCAGAAACCAGCUCGACCACGGUGCGAACAACCAGCCCAACCUCAGUACCAGAAACCAGCUCAACCUCUGUUCCAACAACCAGCCCAACCACGGUGCCAACAACCAGCCCAACCUCGGUGCCAGAGACCAGCUCAACCUCUGUGUCAACAACCCGCCCAACCUCGGAGCCAGCGACCAGCUCAACCACUGUGCCAACAACCAACUCAAAAACAGUGCCAACAACCAGCCCAAGUUCUGUGCCAGAAACCAGCUCAACCAAGGUGCCAGCAACCAGCCCAACCUCAGUGCCACCUACUAGCUCAACCUCUGUGCCAACAACCAGCCCAAGAUAUGGGCCAGAAACCAGCUCCACCACCUUGCCAGCAAGCAGCCCAACCUCGGUGCCACCAACCAGCUCAACCACUGUGUCACGGACCAGCCCAACCUCUGUGCCACCAACCGGCACAACGUCUGCUCCUACAGCGAGCACCACCCCCGUCCUCACACCUGAAGCAACCCACUCCCCUCAUGUGACUGUCACCUGCCAGCCACAGUGCAUGUGGACCAAGUGGUUUGACGUGGACUUCCCGUUCCCGGGACCCCACGGAGGAGACGUGGAAAGCUUCAGCAACAUCAUGAGAAGGGGACAGAAAAUCUGCCGCCGGCCCGAAUACAUCUCGCGGCUGCAGUGCCGGGCCGAGAGCCACCCCGAGGUCAGCAUCGAGAAGCUGGGCCAGGUGGUGCAGUGCGACCCCCGCAAGGGCCUGGUGUGCCGGAACCGGGACCAGGGAGGCAGUGUCGGGAUGUGCCUCAACUAUGAGGUCCGGGUGUUGUGCUGUGAGCCCCCAGAGCACUGCACGACGCACAAAACUGUCACAGUCCCUCACACCCCAAGUAUGAGCCCCACAAGCCUAACUGAGACCACCGUCCACCUGGUGACGGCCCACUCAACCUCUGUGCCAACAAGCAGCCCAACCUCGGUGCCAGAAACCAGCUCGACCACGGUGCGAACAACCAGCCCAACCUCAGUACCAGAAACCAGCUCAACCUCUGUUCCAACAACCAGCCCAACCACGGUGCCAACAACCAGCCCAACCUCGGUGCCAGAGACCAGCUCAACCUCUGUGUCAACAACCCGCCCAACCUCGGAGCCAGCGACCAGCUCAACCACUGUGCCAACAACCAACUCAAAAACAGUGCCAACAACCAGCCCAAGUUCUGUGCCAGAAACCAGCUCAACCAAGGUGCCAGCAACCAGCCCAACCUCAGUGCCACCUACUAGCUCAACCUCUGUGCCAACAACCAGCCCAAGAUAUGGGCCAGAAACCAGCUCCACCACCUUGCCAGCAAGCAGCCCAACCUCGGUGCCACCAACCAGCUCAACCACUGUGUCACGGACCAGCCCAACCUCUGUGCCACCAACCGGCACAACGUCUGCUCCUACAGCGAGCACCACCCCCGUCCUCACACCUGAAGCAACCCACUCCCCUCAUGUGACUGUCACCUGCCAGCCACAGUGCACGUGGACCAAGUGGUUUGACGUGGACUUCCCGUUCCCGGGACCCCACGGAGGAGACGUGGAAAGCUUCAGCAACAUCAUGAGAAGGGGACAGAAAAUCUGCCGCCGGCCCGAAUACAUCUCGCGGCUGCAGUGCCGGGCCGAGAGCCACCCCGAGGUCAGCAUCGAGAAGCUGGGCCAGGUGGUGCAGUGCGACCCCCGCAAGGGCCUGGUGUGCCGGAACCGGGACCAGGGAGGCAGUGUCGGGAUGUGCCUCAACUAUGAGGUCCGGGUGUUGUGCUGUGAGCCCCCAGAGCACUGCACGACGCACAAAACUGUCACAGUCCCUCACACCCCAAGUAUGAGCCCCACAAGCCUAACUGAGACCACCGUCCACCUGGUGACUUCCCACUCAACCUCUGUGCCAACAAGCAGCCCAACCUCGGUGCCAGAAACCAGCUCGACCACGGUGCGAACAACCAGCCCAACCUCAGUACCAGAAACCAGCUCAACCUCUGUUCCAACAACCAGCCCAACCACGGUGCCAACAACCAGCCCAACCUCGGUGCCAGAGACCAGCUCAACCUCUGUGCCAGCAACCAGCCCAACCUCAGUGCCACCUACUAGCUCAACCUCUGUGCCAACAACCAGCCCAAGAUAUGGGCCAGAAACCAGCUCCACCACCUUGCCAGCAAGCAGCCCAACCUCGGUGCCACCAACCAGCUCAACCACUGUGUCACGGACCAGCCCAACCUCUGUGCCACCAACCGGCACAACGUCUGCUCCUACAGCGAGCACCACCCCCGUCCUCACACCUGAAGCAACCCACUCCCCUCAUGUGACUGUCACCUGCCAGCCACAGUGCACGUGGACCAAGUGGUUUGACGUGGACUUCCCGUUCCCGGGACCCCACGGAGGAGACGUGGAAAGCUUCAGCAACAUCAUGAGAAGGGGACAGAAAAUCUGCCGCCGGCCCGAAUACAUCUCGCGGCUGCAGUGCCGGGCCGAGAGCCACCCCGAGGUCAGCAUCGAGAAGCUGGGCCAGGUGGUGCAGUGCGACCCCCGCAAGGGCCUGGUGUGCCGGAACCGGGACCAGGGAGGCAGUGUCGGGAUGUGCCUCAACUAUGAGGUCCGGGUGUUGUGCUGUGAGCCCCCAGAGCACUGCGGUCACACAUCACUGACACCGAGCUCAGCCCCUCCAGAGCGUACGUCCAUGGUGUCCAGUGUGCCAUGGCCGAGCUCCACGGCUCCGGCCAGCACGACGUGCUUCUGCAGCGUGUCCGGCAAGCUGUAUCCCGCAGGAUCCAUCAUUUACCAACAGACUGACCUCGCCGGCCACUGCUAUUAUGCCACGUGCAGUCUGGACUGCCACGUGGUCAGGCAGACAGACCAGUCCUGUCCCAGUGGCAUGCCACCUCCUGCCCCGACCACCUCCCAGCCUGGCUCCUCCCCUUCGGUCCCCGUGCCUGUCACUACGCAGGGGUGCCCGAAUGCAGUCCCCCCAAGAAUGAAAGGCGAGACCUGGCCCAUGCCCAACUGCUCUCAGGCCACCUGUGAGGGCCACGGGGUCAUCACCGUGCAUCGGCGCCAGUGCCCACAGGCGCAGCCCCCGACCUGCACCAAUGGCUUCCCCCCUGUGCAGGUGGCAGACCAGGAUGGCUGCUGCCCGCGCUACCAGUGCCAGUGUGUGUGCAGCGGCUGGGGCGACCCCCACUACAUCACCUUCGACGGUACCUACUACACGUUCCUGGACAGCUGCACCUACGUGCUGGUGCAGCAGGUCGUGCCCGUGUACGGCCACUUCCGCGUGCUGGUGGACAACUACUUGUGCGGGGCGGAGAACGGGGUGUCCUGCCCGCAGUCCAUCAUCGUCGAGUACCGGGGGGACCGCGUCGUGCUCACCCGCAAGCCCGUCCUCGGGGUGAUGACCAGUGAGAUCAUCUUCAACGACAGAGUGGUCAGGCCUGGCUUCCAGAAAGAUGGCGUGAGCGUGUCCCAAAUCGGCAUCAAGAUGUACGUGACCAUCCCCGAACUUGGCGUCCAGGUCAUGUUCUCUGGGCUCAUCUUCUCGGUGGAGGUCCCUUUCAGCAAGUUUGCUAACAACACAGAGGGGCAGUGUGGCACCUGCACCAAUGACAAGAAGGAUGAGUGUCGCCUGCCUGGCGGGGCAGUGGCGGCCUCCUGCUCUGAUAUGUCUGGCCACUGGAAGGUGACGACACCGCGCCAGCCAUCGUGCCAUGGGCCCUCCCCGAUGCCCACCGCAGCCAGGCCUGCGCCCUCCCCGACCCCGUGCUCCUCGUCGUCGAUUUGCCAGCUGAUUUUGAGCAAGGUCUUCGAGCCGUGCCAUGCGGUGAUCCCCCCGCUAACAUUCUACCAAGGCUGCGUCUUCGACCACUGCCACGUGACCACCUCCGACGUGGUGUGCUCUGGCCUGGAGCUGUACGCAUCCCUCUGCGCCUCCCGCGGCGUGUGCAUCGACUGGAGAAGCCACACCAACCACACGUGCCCGUUCGCCUGCCCUGCCGACAAGGUGUACCAGCCAUGUGGCCCGUCCAAGCUCUCCUACUGCUACGGGAGGGACAACGCCAGCUUCAUGGCCUUACAGGACGCCGGCCCCAUCACGGAAGGCUGCUUCUGUCCAGAGGGCUUGAUGCUUUUCAGCACGAGCUCCGAAGUCUGCGUGCCCAUAGAUUGCCACAGGUGCCUGGGGCCCCACGGGGAGCCUGUGGAGCCCGGCCACACUGUCAGCGUGGGAUGCCAGUGGUGCACCUGUGAGAACGGCACGCGGACCCUGAGCUGCCAGCCUCAGCCCUGCCCCCUGCCCCCAGCCUGCCCCGCGCCAGGCCUGGUACCUGUGCCUGCGGCCCCCCAGGCCGACCAGUGCUGUCCCCAGUACAACUGCGCCUGUGACACCAGCUAUUGCCCCAAGCCCGUGGCCUGUCCCGAGGGCUCCCACCCCAUCCUGACCUACGAGGAGGGAGCCUGCUGUCCACACCAGAACUGCAGCUGGAACGUCUGCAGUGUCAACGGCACCUUGUACCAGCCCGGCUCCGUGGUCUCCUCCAGUCUGUGUGAGACGUGCCGGUGCCAGGCGCCCGGCAGCCCCCAUUCAGACACGGCGGUGAUCAGCUGUGAGACUCAGAUUUGCAACACCCGCUGUCCCGAGGGCUUCGAGUACCAGGAGCAGAGCGGGCGGUGCUGCGGCGGGUGCGCACAGCAAGCCUGCGUCCUCAACGCCACUGACAGCUCCCCCCGUCUCUUCUACCCGGGCCAGUCCUGGCCAGACCCCAGGAACCCCUGCGUGACCCACGAGUGUGAGAAGCACCAGGAUGGGCUUGUGGUGGUGACCAGGAAGAAGGCGUGUCCCCCGCUCAGCUGUCCUGCGGACCAGGCCAGGCUGAGCGAGGAUGGCUGCUGUCUGUCCUGUCCUCCACCCCAGCCCCAGAACCGGUCGGCCUGUGCCCUGUUCCACGAGCACCAAGUCCUCCACCAGCAGGGCUGUAGGUCUCUCCGGCCUGUGCGCCUCGCCUUCUGCCGUGGCAACUGCGGGGACAGUGUCUCUGUCUACUCCCGGGAGGCCAACAUGCUGCGGCACAGCUGCGAGUGCUGCCAGGAGCUGCGCGUCUCCCUGAGAAACGUGACCCUGCGCUGUGCCGAUGGCUCCCACCGGGCCUUCAGCUACCCCCAGGUGGAGGAGUGUGGCUGUGUGCGGCAGCGCUGCGGCUCCCAUGGCGCCCUGGGCCACGGGGCGGACUCUGGGCCUGUGCAGAGCGACGAGGAGCAGAGCCAGGAGAUGGGGGGCACUGGCUGGAGGAGGGGCUCCAGGGCCACAGGCCCCCCCAGUGGACUGACCAGCCCCCGUCCUCGGGGCUCCUGGCCACCCCCCUCCGGGAUACACCGAUAAGGGUGUUCUGUCCCCUAGGGCUUUGGCUCCAGGGACCUGAGCCCUGGCCCAGGGGACCCGAGGCCAUGAUGCCCUGCCCGCCCACCUUGUCCCUCUCUGGGGUCCAGCUGGCCCUCGGGUGUGCAGUGGCUCCAACCAGCCCUCAGGCCACUCUGGCCGUGGGUCCAGCUUGCGUUCCCAGGACUCGUGCAUCGCGUAGGGGUCUUAUCAGGGAAGGGCACUUGGACUUGUUGGGCUGGGCCGUCCACCAGGAGGCACAGCCUUGCCCCUCCCUUCGCCCUGGGCUUCAGGAAAUGACCAUCUGGGUUCGUAAAUACA